AAAAAAAAAAAAAAAAAAAGUUUUACCAUGGGUCUAUAAAGAUAAAGAAGCCCUGACCAAGUACAUCACACUCGACACCCUUCAUUACUAAAUCAACAAAGAAAAAAGCAAAAAAAAGAUGUGGGAUGAAACUUUUGCUGGACCUAAGCCGGAACAUGGCCUUGGCCGUCUCCGAAAUAAGAUCACCGCUCAACCCAUAGACAUCAAAGGUGUAGGAGAAGGGAGCAGCAGUAAGACUGUGCCGGCGGCGGGGAGUCCAGGAACUCCGACGACGCCAGGGUCUGCGCGUAAGGAGAACGUGUGGAGGAGUGUGUUCCAUCCAGGAAGUAACAUAGCCACCAGAGGAAUGGGCACUAACCUCUUUGAUAAGCCUUCUCACCCAAACUCUCCCACCGUAUACGACUGGCUGUACAGCGACGAUACCAGGAGCAAGCACCGUUGAAGCGAGAGGAUGGAGUGACAUGCUGGUGAUGUAAAAAUGUGUCUGUUUUUCUUUUUUUUUUUUUGGCUGUAUUCGCAACUUUUUCUUUAUUUCUUGUUGUUGUGACCGUUUGAUAUCCAUGAUCUGUGAUGGUUUUAACGGUGGAGAUGCUUCCUCUUGUCUUUGUAAUGUUUCUACUGUUUGGUAAUUGAUAUAUUUAACUUUUAGCUU